AUGGAAGACGAUGAUGCUCCCCCUGAUUUAGUGGAUGUUUCCCAGCUCCCAAAGUCUGAGCUUCAGUCAUCGUCUGCGGAACUGCCCCCGCAGCAACGCGUGCCUAUUACACUGGUGACGGGCUAUCUGGGCGCCGGUAAAACGACGCUGCUCAACUACAUCCUCAGUGAGAAGCAUGGCAAGAAGAUCGCUGUGAUAAUGAACGAAUUCGGUGACUCAACGGACAUCGAAAAACCCAUGACAGUCAACCAAGACGGACAAGAGGUAACCGAAUGGCUCGAAGUCGGAAACGGCUGCAUCUGCUGUUCAGUGAAAGACUCCGGGGUAAUGGCCAUCGAGUCUCUCAUGGAACGCCGCGGUACAUUCGACUACAUUCUGCUCGAAACCACAGGUCUGGCAGACCCCGGAAAUAUUGCUCCGAUCUUCUGGGUAGACGACAACCUCGGCAGCUCCAUCUACCUCGACGGAAUUGUCACUCUCGUCGACGCUAAGAACAUCCUCCACCUGCUUGACGAACCUACGCCGGAGGAAACAGUGGCCGUGGAGAACAGCAAAGACGGUUCUGAUCACGACCACGAUCACGCUCACUCUGGACCAGUCCUGUCCAUGGCACAUAUGCAGAUCUCCCACGCGGACGUGAUCAUCCUUAAUAAGACGGACCUUGUCACAGCGGAAGAGCUAGAGCAUGUCCGGGACAGAGUAACAGCCAUAAACAGCGCCGCCAAGAUCCAUGUCACAGAUCAUAGCCGCACGCCUCAGAUCGAGGGUGUAGUCCUGGAUCUACAUGCGUACGAUCAUCUCGAUAGUCUGGAUUUCAGCCAGAAGGGCCACAGUCAUAUUGAUCCGUCUAUCUCAACAAUACUCCUAACCCAUCCGCCCCUGCACCACUCCAAAAUCCCUCUCGUAGAUGUCUGGCUGCGCUCUGUGCUCUGGGACUCAACGCUCCCGCUCCCAUCUGGCUCCGAAGCUCAGAAUCCCAGCUUUGACAUCCACCGUCUAAAGGGGAUUCUCGCUCUCUCUGAUGGCUCGAGCAGAAUUAUUCAGGCUGUACGCGAAGUUUUCGAGAUUCGCGACGAGGCCACUCCAACAAAAUCCAGCUCAGCAGCGGAGGACUCUGAUCGCAGGAUAACCAUUAUGUCAGAUGUACUGUAG